AUGCCAGCCGGUGUUGGACGACUCAGGAGCACUCGUUCAGAGAUUGUUUCCGAAGUUGAGAACUUUUUGAUAGAAAUUGAAAAGAGCAGGGAUCAAGUAAUUCCAGUUAUACCCAUCACUGCUUCCUACUAUCGAGAUAAAGUUUCCUACUUUAAAGAACAACUCAGAAAACAACGACUCUACUCUAACCAAACAGCAACCCUUCCGUCCAGUUUUUUAGAUGGCAACACGAGCACACACAAUAGUAGUCACAGUACGAUCAUUGAUGAGAAUCUUCUCAGUAAAUUUACAUCAUCUGCAAACAAGAAUAGACAGCAACAACAAAGAACAUCAAACACCGGAAAUAAUCAAUUUACAACCUCUACAAUGGCUCCAUCUUCACGAAUUUUUCAACAACUUUCUCAAAAAUCCUCAUCCCAGAAUUUGGACAAAAAAGAGACAUCAAACGAAGAGUUUGAUGACAAGUGGACUCUAUUCCGAGAGUAUAUUACAUUACAGAAGCAGAUUGAAGAAGUUCAACAAGAUUCCGAUCAGAAUUAUAUUGAAAUGAGAAGAAGAAUUGACUUGGCUCAAGUAUUCAGAGAGCAUGGUCAAUAUUCGGAAGCUUACUUGCAAUUAGAAAUUGUGGAAAAACUUGCACAACAAAAAGGAGAGGAUGGAAUUUUUGAUCCCAAAGUGGAGUUGUUGCAUGCAAAAUGUUUGUUUUUAUUGUCAAUUGUGUUGAAGCAGAAAAACAAAUUGGACGACGCAUCAGAAUAUUUGGAAUCAUCCAAGGAGAGAGCAGAUCAUUUACUGAAUGUAAUUUCUCCAUCACUUUCUCAUAGAGACCAAUGCACAAACUUUGUGUUUAAAUCGGCUCGAUUAUUAUUAUCAGAAAUUUCGCUGUAUAGCUCUGAAGAUGUUAUUUCCCAACAUUUAAAAAGUUUCCAAUCACUUCCAUUGAAUCAAAAAUUAACCAUCAACGAGGAGAGCAAAAUCGAAACAAUAUUGAGCGAAUAUCUUUUACAUGGUUUGAGAAAUGUCAAAAUGACAACCUCCACACAAAAAAUUACAGUUUCGAAUUUAGAAGUUUUCAGAAAUUUACUCUAUUAUUCAGCAGUUUGCACCAUGAUGCUGGGUGAAAACCAACUCUCUAAAAAACUAUUAUCCGUUGCUGAGAAUACCUCUCCAACAAAAAGUCCACAAAAUGGAGGAACCAGUAAGCACACACGAACCAAUAGCAGUGAUAUGAUUUAUUUCGAGGCCAAUCUUGAAAUUGAUAAAAAGAUUGCCAAGUUAGCUGAAGAAAUCAAAAUUGCAGAAGAACGAUUUGAAAAACAGAGAAAGUCAUCGAUAGGUGGAUCCAAACACACAUCCAAACACAAGUACAAUGAUGACAGUGAUGAUGACGAUUGGGAAGAUUUUGUUCCAGCUACCGGUGGCCUAUCAGAUUUGGCUAAAUUAAUUCUUGGUGGUGACAAUACUGAAGAAGAAGAGGCAGAAGAGGAUCCUAUCGUGGCAGACAUUUUCCCUGCCAAAUACAGACUUUUCAAAUCUCGAUCUUACAAAGAAGACGAGCCCAAGAUACCGCAAUGCAUUUUAACAGACUCACUAGUGACGCCGUUGAUGGCCUCACCACUCUCACCUGCAGCCAGUAAUACUUUCAGUAACAGAGAAGAGUUCAAAAUGUGGAUUCAACAACUCUCAGCCACAUCAACAACGACAAAUCCCUACAGUCAAUGCAAUCCCGUAACGAUAUUUGGUUAUUCUCUGAACGAUCGAUUACAAAUGAACGGAGAUCAGCUGAGUGAUCUUUACGACAGAAUAAUGGAAAUUGACGUUUUUACAUCGAAAUGGGUCAAAUUGUAUUAUGAACUGUGCACUAGGCUUUACAAUGUGAGCUCUAUGGAGUUAAUGAUUUCACAACAACAGACAGAAAUUUCACAACAAGCUCUCCUUCUCCAACAAAAGUGUGCUCAAAUGCUCAUCAAUUAUUUUACUCUGCUUCGACAGUACAAACCCAAUACACGAGCUUCAUCAUCAGCCAUGUCCAUCUCAGAGAAUGGUCCAAUUUCAGGUCAGGAAAUUCUUUCAAGACUCAGUGAUGUCUCUGACAAGAAUAUCGACAAAAAAGCAUUCCUUUUCACAGUGAGCAUGGAAAUUUUCUCAAUUGCUGGUCGCCUCUUCCAUCCAGAGCAAGAAGAAAUAUCUUUUAUUGUGAAUGUUUUGAAAGAAUGGUUUCCAUCACAGUGGGUCUACAUUCAACUUGCAAAGAUACAAGCAACCAUACGAUAUCACAUGCGACUAUUUCGUUAUGAUUGCAUGAUGCCCAUGAAGGAGGAAAUUAGAAAAGUAUAUGAUGAACUGAUUAACAUUUUUAUUAGUAUUGAAUCAUCAGAAGCACUGCCUACGACCAAUCAACAAGCAUCAGAAAGUCCACAACCCAAUCCCAAUACUAAGGAAGGUCAUAGAACAUCUGCAAGAAAUAAUCCAUCUUUCAGUAUUGAAAAACAUUAUGCUCCGAGCAUUGUUGCCGUAGCAUGUAAGGUUAUCAUCCUUUUUCAUCGAUAUCACAAUUUUUGGGUUACCUCUCUAAGGAGAGGAGUUGAAGACGAAUGGAAGUAUAUGCCUGAACUUCCUAAACAUAAGCUAUUGUCAGACAAGGAACGAUUUGCCUUGUUAUUGCGUAAAUAUUAUCCAAAACUUCCACUCUGUCAUGUGAAAGCAGAAGUUGCCUACACGGUUGGCAGUUAUUGGUUACGACAACCCAAGUCGAAAGAUGAUCGACAGCUGGCUGAAUGCAUGCUGUUUGAAUGCAUUUAUUUGUACUAUAGACUUUCUCAAAGCGUUCAAUCCUUUGGAUAUUCUUACUUUUUGACAAACAAUGGUCUAAAAGCUCUGAAACGAUUCUCUGAAGUACUCUAUGCAAAUGACAAGUAUGAAUAUUCCUCGUUGUGUUAUGAGAUCUAUGUGCACAAUUGUAAAUUACUCAGAGGAAGGCAUGAUUAUCAAUUUAUCGAUGAUUUGACAUCAGUAACAACAAAACACGAUGAUUACAAACACUCUGUUCAAUACUAUCACAUACUUUACGAAAGAGCCAAAGAGGAGAAAAAGAUUCCUCAAAUUGCCAGAUUGUCGACCAAGUUAGGAAAUUUGUACAUGGAAAAAGGUGAAAUACUUCAAGCGGAACGUAUCAAGCUUGAAUCGAUUGAUUUCGCAAGAAAGUAUGGAACUCUUGUAGAUUACAAGACCGAUUUAGAAAUUGAACUAGGUACACUAUUGUUGCAAGGAGGAAAAUUUGAAAAGUGUAUCGCAGUGCUGUACAGUGUCGCUCAGGAACAAGCCAACAAGAGACACAUUGUAUACGAAAUAUUAUCACGAGCUUAUCUCAAAAAGAGAUGGUUUGCAGAGUGCGAGGAUUCACUUACUGAAAUUGCGAAUGUUCUUGUGAAUUUUUACAUUCAAUUGAAUCAACAGCAAGAAAUGAGAAUUUUGGAAACUGUAACAAAAUACUAUUUCAAGAGAAACAUGUUUGGAAACGCACUCGAGUGUGUCAACAUUGCCAUCUACCGGUGUUCAGGAACCUUUGCAGUUCUUGCCAAUUUAUUCAAGUUGAAAGGAAAGAUAUUGAAAGCUAUUUGUCAGUACAGCACUCGUUUAUCGUUCCCUUGCUCUAUUAAUGAAACAAGCGAAGAAGAGCUUCAUCAACUUGUUUCACAUAUUGAACAAACUCCAACAUUUAGAAAUAAUCUCUAUGAUGGUGUUAAUGAACACGAUUGUUCAUACGUUUUCAGUAAGAGACCGACAUACUAUUGCAUGGCUGAAUUUCUUCAGGAUUGUGUAGACUGUUUUAUCAAGUCGAGAGGAUACUAUGAAGCCUGCUCCAAUCGUAUUGGAGAAGCUAAGGUUAAUUUAUUGAUCGCAGAAACUCUAUUAGAUUAUUUAUUUGUGCCAAUUGCACUCUUAUCCAAAGAUCCUGAGCCGUAUGUGAGAUUGAAAGAACAAACCGAACAAGAUCGGCAUGCAAAAGAUAACAACCAACAAUUUAAAGCAGUUGCUCCGUUGGAUUAUCUUGAUUUGAACAUGGUUUAUUCUUCAUACAUUGAGGCUGCUUUGGAUACAGCUGUUGCUGCCAGUGAUAUUUUUCUUUGCAUGAAUUCGUAUAUAACUGCAGCUGAGUGCACAUAUUUACAAGGAAAGAUUUCAAGCUCGAAAAGCUUUUGGUGUGAAUGUCGUGACGUGCUGUUCACGCUUUUUGUUGACAGUGAAGCGCAUGUGAUAUUGUCCACUGGUACACCUCUUGGUGUCCUUGAAAAGAUCAUGGCCAUACUGAAACGAAUGGUUCGAGUACUGUUAUGUUUUGAGCCAGACUUUGUCAACAAGCAUUUGGGAAUAUUUGACGUAUAUUAUGUUAUCGAUGUGCUUUAUGAUCAAGCGGCUAAACGAUUACCAACACUUGAUGCUGAAAGUGAAUAUGUGGACACUGAGUAUCAACAUCCAUUGACAGCCGAAUAUUACAACAACUAUUUCCUUUCGAAUUUGGACAAGCUCAUUGGAAACAGUCGUCAACAGAUGGAUGGUGACAAACAACUAUUGAGCAAGAACAAGAUUUUCGAAAUUUUACAACGCCGAGGAGGAUCCAAUUCAACAAGUUAUAUACCUUCAUCCAUCAUCCCGUCCUCAUUAUCAGCUGCCUCACUUACGACACUCAAGAAGGGUUCUCUGAAAAAGUCUUCUUCAAUUUCUUCCUCUUCAAGUAUCACCACAGAAAAGUCAAAUCUCAGUGAUGGAUCUAUUGGAAGUAAUUCUGGAUCCAAUUUCACGGUUAGUCAUCAAUUUUUAGAGGUUCCAUUUAGUGGUCAUGGUGCUCGUCCUGAACGGCCAUCCGAACUCAAACCUAACAUGAUACAAUUGAAACAAAAGAUUUUGGAGCGAGUGUUUGGAUGUAUCUUGACAAUGAAGCAUGACAGUAAGAAGUAUUACAAUGAAAUUCAUGAUCGAUUGAAAGUGAGAAAUCAACAAUGCAUGCGUCGGUUAUACAAUUUAAUGAACGCAAUUCGGGAGAGUGGAGUUUCUAUUUCCAAUCACAAGAAGGGAAAAAAGUCGACUCAAAACUUGAAUAGCCCGGCAGCAGCUGAUUCUCCAUAUAGCCCUCUCUUGCAAAUCAAAUCACAAAUUUUCUCACCUUCCAAGAUUAGAGACCGAGCAAAUUCAAAUGUUGAUGGCACAACUCCAAGUACCUUAAUGAUGAUGGACAUGCUUCCAGGAGAUGUAGAAUUGAUGGAAAUGCUAAUUCGAACUGUCAAUCUUCAAAAGGGCACAAAAUUGAAAGGCACUUUCCAAAAAACCAUGAACAUUCAAUUAAUUUUGGAACGAAACAUUGCAAGAUACGCAUCAAUUACUCCAGACAUCAGUUGUAUUGAAGACAACAACAAAUUAUUGCAAAAAUUGAAGAUUUUAGAUCAAUUGGUCUACAUCUUUUAUCUGGAUAAUGUAUUAAUUUAUUACAUUCCCAAAGAAGGUACCAAAGUCGUGGUUCCAUUUGGUGGAAGAGAUCAUGCUUUAUUGGAUGACAAGAUUAAAAACAUUAUUGAUCUCAACACACAUAGCACAGGCACUACUGGAAGUACCAGCGCUCCCACUACUCCAACAACUGUGGAAAGCCCUACCAAAAAGAAGAUCUCAUCAAGCAGUAUGGAUAAAAUUGAAAUGGCAACGAACAAUAAGAUUAUGAAUUGGAGCAUGUCCAAUCUUGGAAGAGAUUUAUCCAUUAUUGAUGACUACUUGUUGAACAUGAUUACACGAAAUGCUCGAGAGAAAAAACCUAAAAAGUUCAUACAUGAAGAUGUUGUGAAAACGUUACACAAAGUUCUCAAUGCUCCUUCCAUCUUCUCCUACAAGCCAAAUGUAGCUAAAUAUGAAGAAUUUAAAAACACAUUGGCUGAAAUAGGAUUUUCUUUCAAGCAACUCUAUACUCAGAAAACAGGAACUCUCACCACUUUUGGCCGUAAGAAGUCUAUGGGCUCCAUUCCUAAAAUUGACAUGCUACCCAAUUGUGAAGAGCCAAUCAUUUUAUUAUGCAACAGCUUCCUAAAUGUUGUACCGUGGGAGUUAUUAUUUGAAGCGUGUGUGACACGAGCCAUUUCUGUUCAAUAUAUUCUCAAUAGAAUGAAAAAGAAGAAAUCCAACGAUAAGAAAACGACUCAAUUUGUUGCAUUUUAUUCAGAGGAUGAAUUGAAAGCCAUUGGACCUGUAGAACAAGAACGUAAAGAAUGGAUUUUUGAGGACAUUCAAUGCAAGUUAAAUUUGAGAAGAUCUAAAACUGCAGGAAGGAUUCACAAAGAUUUACAAGACAUUCCAUUUCACACUCCAAUUAUUAAGAACGGAAAGAAACCCACAAAGAGUAGCUACAAGAAAAAGUAUGAACAUGUACUCUUUGUUGAGCUCGCAUCGAUUAUUAAUUCUCAAAAUGUGGCUCUCUCUCGAAUUUUAUCAGAAAAAAUUGGAAAGCAUGAGUAUCCAGUGUUUCUUUUCACAUGGUCAGAUUUAGCGAACAUGUCCAAUAUUAUUCACUACAUUUUCCUCUCCAUUCCAGAUUGUUCAAUAUUAUUUAUGCCUGAAAUGGACCUGAAAAAAGGAGUCAAAUAUUUACUCAUGCUUUUGGAAACUUAUUAUUCACAAUUGAAUGCUAGCACUUCGAAUACAUCAUCUCCACAACUCAAUUCAGGACUCAGAGAUUCUGUUAGAACCACCACAGAGGAUGGUUUGGCAGCACUACACACGUCACAAGAACGUAAAAAUUUACACAAAUUCCUCAUCCAUGCCUGUAAAAUUUUGAAGGAUGAAUUUGAAAUUCCAACAGCAUUGUUCUUCCCACCUUCAUUGACGAAUAAGCCAAUCAAACCCAUUGGAAGAAGUAGAACACACACAGCCACUUCUUCUUCCUUUUUCUUUGGUGAGUCACCAAGGAGAUAG